CUGUCUUCCAUUCCCCAACAACGAAGAUUACCAAACUACCCCUCCAGCCGCCGCAUGCAACAAUGACGAUGACUAUGCCCACCACUACCGACAAGACCGCCAUGCCCGCUUCCGACACCGACACCGCCCCCCUGACCUUCGACACCUCGGUCCUACAAAACCAGACCGCCAUCCCGCCGCAGUUCGUCUGGCCCGACCACGAGCGCCCCACUCCCGGACCUCGGGAGCUCGACGCCCCUGUCAUCGACAUCGGCGGCUUCCUCUCCGGCGACCCCGCCGCCGUCCGCCUCGCCGUCGACCAAGUCCGCAAGGCCUGCGAGAAGCACGGAUUCUUCCUCAUCGUCAACCACGGCGUCGAUAACCAACAAAUCGACGCCGCCCAUCACUGCAUUGACCGAUUCUUCGGACAAACCCUCGACGAGAAGCAGAAAGCCAAGAGGAAACUCGGCGAGAGCUCCGGCUACGCCAAUAGCUUCGUCGGAAGAUUCUCCUCCAAGCUUCCAUGGAAGGAGACAUUCUCGUUCGAGUACAUUGAGGGCUCCCCCGACAGCGUCGAGGAUUACGUCAGCCGUACAUUGGGCCAAGAAUUCGACGACAUUGGGCAAGUGUAUCAGAAGUACUGUGCUACGAUGAGCAAGCUGGCGCUGUCGAUCAUGGAGUUGCUGGGGCUGAGCCUGGGAGUCGACAGGCGAUUUUUCAAGGAAUUCUUCCAGGACAACGAAUCGAUCAUGAGGUUGAACUAUUACCCGGCCUGUAAUAAGCCCGACGAAACUUUAGGAACGGGCCCUCAUUGCGACCCCACCUCCCUCACAAUUCUCCACCAGGACACCGUCGGCGGUUUGCAGGUUUUCGUCGAUGGCGAGUGGUGGGCCGUCAGCCCUAACAUCAACUCCUUCGUCGUCAACCUCGGCGACACCUUCACUGCGCUGACGAACGGGAGGUACAAGAGCUGUCUGCACAGGGCGGUGGUGAAUGCGACGAGCGCGAGGAAGUCAUUGGCGUUCUUUCUGUGUCCGAAGAAGGACAAGGUGGUCCGUCCGCCGGCGGAGCUGGUGGAUUCCGGCAACCCGCGGGCGUAUCCGGACUUCGAGUGGCCGGAAUUGCUUGAGUACACUCAGAAGUAUUACAGGGCUGACAUGGAUACUCUGCAGAAUUUCUCCGACUGGAUCGUCCAGCAGCAGAAGACGGCUAAGGUUAUGUAAUAAAUACUCACAUAUACAUAAUACAUACACAGGGUGUGUAUGUAUUAUGUGUGUUUCUCUCUAGGUGUCUUUGUCAUGGGUCGAUCGUAUCGUAGCUUUCGCUGAAUAAUGUAAAUGUUGUCGAACCUUUGGUCUUAAUAAAUUCUGAUUAAUAAUUUAUGUCUUCGUACCAUUA